AUGGUGAUAAUACGGAGAAUAUCGGAAGCAGACCAAUCAACACUUCAGUUUUCACAACCAGAUGCCGACUUUCCAUCCCUGCAGACUUCACCGAGAAAGUCCGCACGCUUGACUAACGUGAGUUGAACAAUUGACAGUCAGUGCGUGAACAAACAACGUUCUACGGUGUCAUCAUUUGAAAACAUUGUCAGUAACCUCUGCUGUUUGCACAAUCUGUAAAUAAUGUCACCGAUUUUGAAAUUAGCUAUGCAGAACAUUUCUAAACUUUGUGUCAAAACAAACUUCACUUAUAUUCAACAGAUGGAAGACAAUUGAUCGUCAAUGCCUUCAAGGUUGACCAAUACAUUUAUAUUUGAGUUCUGCUGUUCUCUUUCUCAGGGAUAUGUUGGUCAGAAUGAUCGGCAUAUUAUCCCGUUGGAAGAGCUAAAUGGGCAAACACCAGAGAAUGGGAGACCUGUCAGAAAGAUAACAAGGUAAGUCAGUUCUCAUUAAUUAAAUAUUAGAGAUGUAGUAGAUAUACAUUGUGGCAUAUGGUAGGCUAAUGUUUCUAUCCAUAAGCCAGAUAUAAAGCCAAGAUGCAUCUUUGUCGGUUGUCAGUAGCCUGGGUCCCAGUCUGUUUAUCUAACUUUCCACUCCUUGUAGGCCUACUCUGUGUUUUUGCUGGAUUACAAGGAGUGGAAUGUUAGCUGAACAUGCUGGUACCCAGGCUAGUCCUACAGACCACAUUGAUUCGGAUACCAUCAAGCAUUCUUCAAUUAUUUUGUGGUCCUCUGUAGCUCAAUUGGUAGAGCAUGGCGCUUGUAACGCCAGGGUAGUGGGUUAGAUUCCCGGGACCACCUAUACGCAAAAAUGUAUGCACGCAUGACUAUAAGUCGCUUUGGAUAAAAGCGUCUGCUUAAUGGCAUAUUAUAUUAUUAUUAUAUUAUAUUUUAAUGUAAUUUUUUAAAAGUGAUUUUUUUAUUCCUUCACAGGAAAUCGCCCAGGUUUCAGGUCAAUGGGGCCAGUGAAGUUGACCAAACUGGUAAGCCUAAAGCAUGUUUCACAUUAUGAUGCAAACAAGAUCUAGGUCUUUCCUAGAACGUAACAAUUCACCUAUUUAGACAUGCAUGUCAUAAAAAACACACCCAACUACAAAACACUUUUAAGAGGAUGUCACACAAUUUACUCCUUUUAAACAAUAAUUCUCAUUCACAGACUCAUUUACCUACAUGGAAUUGUGGAUAAGUCAUGAAUUAUGUUUUGAAUACCUGUUCCAGAGGGGUCCCCUAGACCAGAAGGAUCCCAGGGGAUUGUGCGACGCAGCACCAGAACCACCAGAUACCAACAGUCCAUGAUUUACGACCGCCUCAUCACUAAGUAAGGAGCAUCACCACAUAACCCUGAACCCCCGUGUGUCGUUGCUCCCAAGUCUCUUGUUUACUUCCCCAGUAGAGUGUGUAACAUGGGGGAUAGUCAUAAUACAGGGAGUAUGAGGGUUAUUAUUGGCAUAUUACUAAUUCCUCUGCUUUUCCCCAAAAAUGAUAAGUACACAAUUUUUUAGCUUAUUGCAUUGGGACCCAAAACCUCCAUGAAAUCAUGCUAAAUAAGGAUGCUAUCAGAAGUUUUUAUACUGUUACUUGUUUUUCUCCAUAGCACUGCUGAGGCAGUCCUCCACAAGAUUGAUGACAUGAAGAAGAUGUGCCACCACAUGAAAAACUCCAAACAAGCAGUGAGGCUUUUUCCAUUCCGUGAAAUAUAAUUUUGUAAUUCAGCCAUCCACAAAGCCAGGGAUGAAAUACAAUACAGGGCUAUAUAUUUAUGCUGUAUAAUUAGCAAACAAUAAGAAACCAUUCAUUGACAUGCUCCCCCUUUGAGAUUGGCAUUGAAGACUCACACUAACUCUACCCAAACACAAGGGCUUGUUCCACUGUAGAAAUGUGUUUACAUAAUAACUGGCCACUGUUUCUAGGCUCUGUAUCUUCUGCUGCCGUACACAAUCUCUUAUCAGCCAUUGUAAGGGUGUUGCACCCAUCUGUGGUCCACCACCCUCUAUCUCUCUCUCGCUCUCUCUCUCUCCGCCCUCAGCAGCCCUCUGCUGUAGUUUUAGGAACAGUAAUCACACUGUUGUCAUAUUGUUGCCUCAUUCACCAGCAGCUAACUGAAAAAACUCUACAAGGUGUCGAAAGCGUUCCACAGGGAUGUUGGCCCGUGUUGAUUCCAAUGUUUCCCACAGUUGUGUCAAGUUGUCUGGAUGUCCUUUGGGUGGUGGACCAUUCUUGAUACACAUGGGAAACUGUUAAGCGUGAAAAACCCAGCAGAGUUGCAGUUCUUGACAAACCGCUGUGCCUGGCACCUACUACCAUACCCCGUUCAAAGGCACUUGCCCAUUCACCCUCUGAAUGGCACACAUACACAAUCCGUGUCUCAUUUGUCUCAAGGCUUAAAAACCCUUCUUUAACCUGUCUCCUCCCCUUCAUCUACACUGCUUUUUAAGUGGAUUUAACAAGUGACAUCAAUAAGGGAUCAUAGCUUUCACCUGGAUUCACCUGGUUAGUCUACAUCAUGGAAAUAGCAGGUUUUCUUAAUGUUCAGUGUGUCAUUUUGAAUUUCACAAAAUUAUCCCAGGUUUAGAGCCUUGAGAUAUGGGAAAUAAGUGUAGUGGAUGGAAAUGACCAAUAAUACCUUUUGAGAUUUAAGUCUCACUGAAAUAUGUACCAUUGUGUCAUACAGGCCACUGAAAAAAGGAAAUGGCAGUACCAUACCAGUUGUAUCUAUGAAGGUUUUUGUUUGAAUUUCAGAGGAUCUAUUUUAAAUCCCAGCGAAAGAAGACUACUGAUCGUCCAACCGUAAAAGCAGUUUCCAAACAAGAAACGGAAGGUCUGUUUCUAUUGUAGUUUAGGUCAAUGUUAUGUUUGACCAUAACUCUCUAAACAUUAAUUCAUUAACUUUUGGGUCAAUACCUAUUUCCAGAGUACUCUGAUGACGAUGGAGAGGAGGAUGAUGAGGGCGACGGAGAUGUGGAGGACGAUGAUGAUGAAGACGACGAUAACAGCAAGCGCUAUGAACCUCGACAGAAAAAAGCAGUGGUUCGCUACCAGGCCCCCCUGGAUGGUUGGUCCUUUUUACAUUUGAAUCCCGUAAAAAGCACAUCCUAAGUCUUCAGAGACAUUUUUCUCCGUAACUUACUUAGUUAUUCAUCUCAAUUAAUGAGCGUAGCAGGGUCGUUCCACCAAUUCCUUUUGAGAAGUUUAACUUGGUCCAACAAAACAAUUAACUUCAUUUAAUCUAAUUUACACAUUCUGUCAUAAAGAGCACAUGUUCAACUUCAUUAAAAAAACAUGUUUUCCCAUCUCAAGAGGUUAACUAAAAAAUUUACUAUAAUAAGUGCCAAAUAAAGUAGCAGGGUUGACCGUAAAAGGGUUGAUGAUUUCCUCUAAACUCAGCCAUAAAUCCCCUUCCGACAGGGGGAAUGGAAGCGUGUUUCUAGCCUGUCUAUCUAUGGGUAACAGGUUUGACGUGGUAUGCUUGACCCGCUCAGUUUUCCACCACAAAACACCAGCAAAUGGUCAAAAGGGUAGAACAAGCUCACCUACUUUUACACUAUGAUUUGACUAUUCGAUGUCCAAUGUUUCUUUAUAAAAAUUUUUUUUAAAGGAAUUGUUUCACCAUAUUAAAAUGGGAGUUCAGUUCACAUAACAGGGUUGACCUUAAAAUGAGGGACAGACGUAAAUGAAUCACUAAUCACAUUAAAUAAAUAAUAAUCUUCAGAAAUGACUUUGGCAAAGCAACAAAAUAACUAGGGCUGUCCAAUUAUGGUGAAAGCUUGGAGGAAUUUUGGGGUUGAGUUGGUUAAAAUCUGCAGAGGGUGCACGGAGGGACAUGCUGAAUUUUGGCACUUUAGCAAGUCUUUAUUUAUAUAAAAAAUCUGAUUAAAUUCUCCAUGUGGUCUAUAUUGAAGGGCACUUAAUUGUAAUAUAACAGGCUUUUAAUAUUCAAUAUUGGUGCACAAUUUCUACUUAAAAUAUCAAAAGGCACUCAUUUCGUGGAACAAGCCAGCAGUGCUGAUUGGGAUCAGAUCCCCACUGUCCAUGUUAUUCAUUAUGAACUCGUAUAUAAUAAGAAGAGUCUACCGCACACACAAAACCAAUAAGUAAAGGUGCUGGAGGCAAAAUAUAAAACAGGAAAAAACAGGAAAAAGUCUUAUUUGCAUAAGUCAUGGUAAUGGUAAGUAAUGGUAGCUAAGCUUUCGAUCAGUCGACCUUCAUCAGAGCAUAUCUCCACCAAAAAAUAUUCUGAUCUAAAAAGCAAAACUGAUUCUAGAUCAGCACUCCCACUCUGAAAUUCUUGACUAUGGGCCAAGAUCAGUGCUUAUCAUGAUGAUAUGCCUCUCUCACUGUUUCAUCUGUAGAAUCCAGGAAGCAGGCGCCCAUGUUUUUUGACCGCCAGGCAUCUUCCACUAGAGGGAGCUACCGCAUCAGUGCCUCAGUACCCAGGAGUGCCCACACCACCAGUCGAAGGAGUGGCAGGUCUGCACGGUUGCUCACCCUCCCACAGUACUGUACUUCACAGUACUGCCACUUUACCAAUAGUCGUAGCCCAUAUGUAUAGUACAUUGGUUUCAUUGUGUCCAGUUAUUUGUUUUGACUCCAAAAAAUCUUUGUUUUCACCUAAAUAUAUUGUAGGGUCCAUUUAAUGCUGUGUUUCAUGUGUUGCGUCCUUAUAAUAAUAAUAAUAUGCCAUUUAGCAGACGCUUUUAUCCAAAGCGACUUACAAUCAUGUGUGCAUACAUUUUUACGUAUGGGUGGUCCCGGGGAUCGAACCCACUACCCUGGCGUUACAAGCGCCAUGCUUUACCAAUUGAGCUACAGAGGACCACAUAAAUGGUUAUGGUUAUCUAUGACUAUGGGCUAUUCUUGUAGGAUCUUGUGAAUAUAGAUUACUUUUCAUUGUGAUGUUUAAUGUUUUUCCUCUUUUCUUUUUCACGGUUUCAAACAACAGGAUUGGGUCCAUAGGCAGGUGAGUCUUUGGCACAAUUUAAACAACUUAGGUCUCCCAUUUGUUAUUGGGGACAGUAAAGUAGUGAAGAAGUUUGUCCUUUCUCUGUCUCCUUAUGGUUUGAUUUGACCCACAGGAGAAAGCAUGCUUGGCACACCCACAAAGCCAGCUCCUCUGAUGAGGAAGACUCCUCUGAUGAGGAAGACACAGAGCAAGAAGCCAAGAACAGGUCAGUGAACAUGUCAUCAUGAGCAACCAAUUUGAUACACUUCAACAGUUUGACUUGUCCCUAUAAUGAUAAAAUGUUAAUUUAGUUCACAGAUGAAAUCUACCCUUGAAAGUGGUACUAAAUAAAGAAUAAAACAAUGUUUUAUUACAUAUUACUUGAUUAUUUUUUCAUUUGUUUACUGAUCAUCUGUUAUUUGCCAUGACAUAUUAUCUUGAACAAGAUUCAAUCAUAUUUAAAGGAUAAUGAACAUGCCAGAAAAAAAAGGGCCAGGGUGAGCAGACCAAUGAUUCCCCACUCCUGAAUGUUUUUGAACUGUGUCUAUGACAUCAUGAGUGGUGGUGGUGGUCGAUGAUGUAAUAAUAAUAGACGAAGGUUCCAUCUUGGUUAUUCUGGUGAUAUCUCCUUGGUGAGCUUCAUUGGGUGCCAGACCUUUGUAGUGAACACAUGAUGUAGCUCAAGAGUUUCUCUGAAUGAGACUGACACAAGGAACAGAAUAUAUUUAUUUGGAUUUUAAAGCUAAAUCGGUCCAAUAUUUCACACCAGUGGAAUCCGGUGUGGAUUUGAGCUUCUGCUCAGAAUAAGCUUGCCAAAACCGCAAUCUCUUUCAUUUGGGAUCCCUCUCAGGUGUCUGCCUCUGAAUUUGCGCAAAGAGGACAUUUGGGGAAUCCAUAAGGACAGAAUGAAGAUCGGUGCGAGUCUUGCGGAUGUCGACCCCAUGGCGAUUGACCAGUCGGUAAGUUCUAACAUCUCAAAGUUGGUUUGCCUACAUGCUAUGGUCUUUAAGUUAUCUGACUGCCUCUUCUAUGUAAUGAUCCAACCCCGUCUCUUCCCUCCAAAGGUACGCUUUGACACCGUUGGUGGUCUGACAAGCCACAUUUCCGCCCUGAAGGAGAUGGUAGUCUUCCCUCUGCUCUACCCAGAGGUGUUUGAGAAGUUCAAGAUCCAGCCCCCAAGGUGAGCACUUGUUUUAGGGUUGAAAAGCUAACAUACUUUGUUGGUUAACUUGCAAUUGUUUUGACUAUUGAUUUACAUUGUCUUCGGGGUAGCUUACCAUAAUGGCAUUGUGAGGAAAUAGCCUAUAACAGGAUGAGAAACUUACUUGGGUGUGCAACUAGAAUGGAUCCUGUCAAUGGACUUAAGCCCCACCCCAACCCUAACCCUAAUCACAGCCUCAUCCACUCAUCCUUGGCUCUUUGAUCAUUUGAUUCCUUUGCAAGGAUCCAUUCUAAGACUAUCCCUGUCUGUUUCAGGGGCUGCCUGUUCUACGGUCCCCCGGGUACGGGAAAGACCCUGGUGGCCAGAGCGCUGGCCAACGAGUGCAGCCAGGGGGAGAGGAAGGUGGCCUUCUUCAUGAGGAAGGGGGCCGACUGCUUGAGCAAGUGGGUGGGCGAGUCGGAACGCCAGCUCAGGCUGCUCUUUGACCAGGUACAGUGCAUUCCCUCAGACAACACACUGUAGAUCAUUAAUAUAGUUAUCACUGGUGCAUUCAGUCUUAGUGAGACCAUUGAGUCUAGUAUAUGCCUAUCUAUCAGCAUUUCCUGCUCAAGCCACUAUUGGUCUCUUGUUGGAAAAGUGUUUGUGUCAUGUCUAUUAUAUAGGGAUGUACUUGCAUUGACAGGAAGACUAAUUAUUUGUACCCACAGGCUUACCAGAUGCGGCCAGCCAUUAUCUUCUUUGACGAAAUCGAUGGGUUGGCUCCGGUUCGCUCCAGUCGCCAAGACCAGAUCCACAGGUGAGACAAUUCAGCCACAAUCAUUUCUCGCUCCACUGAUUACAGAGACUUACCAUUGAUUGCGCCUGCAUACUAAACAUUGAAUACUCCCACCUCGUGGUUCCUUCCUGCAGCUCCAUCGUGUCCACCCUGCUGGCCCUGAUGGAUGGCCUGGAUAGCCGAGGAGAGGUGGUGGUGAUCGGAGCCACCAACCGACUUGACUCCAUCGACCCCGCCCUCAGACGCCCCGGACGCUUCGACAGGGAGUUCCUCUUUGGCCUCCCUGAUCGCGAGGUAAGACUAAUCCCCUGUGGGGGGAAUCCUCACUCGAGUUGAUAUGUGUACGUGCAUAACUCAAAUGUCCAUCCAAAUCUUCCUUUGACAUCAGCGACCUACAAACAGUUACGUUUCAUUCGUGCACUUACCUUUCAUUUCUGUCGACAACUUCAGUCCCGGAAAGAUAUCCUAAAGAUUCACACCAGACAGUGGAAUCCUACACCGUCCUAUCCUUUUCUGGAAGAGUUGGCUGAUAAAUGUGUUGGUAGGUGACUAAUGUAUACCAAAUCAACUCUAGCAUUGGGCAAGUCAAGAUUGUACAAUAAUUGUAAGAGCAAAAAUAACUAUGUCGUUUUGUUGUCUCAUAAUAUUCAGCCAGAUCACCACAAUUAAUCUAUCGAUUUAACACAGUUCCACAGUCAAUCCUACACACGUAUUAUUAACCGCAACAUCUUCCCUCUCUGGACCCCAGGCUACUGCGGCGCUGACAUCAAGGCGGUGUGCGCCGAGGCGGCCCUGUGCGCGCUGCGCCGCCGCUACCCCCAGAUCUACGGCACGUCCCAGAAGCUCCUGCUGGACGUGGGCUCCAUCAACAUCAACAGCCGGGACUUUGUGGCCGCCAUGAGGAAGAUGGUGCCAGCCUCCCAGAGGGCUGUGUCGUCCCCUGCCAAGGCCCUGACCCCUGUGGUCACGCCCCUGCUGGGCCCCGCCCUCACCAACGUGCUGGACGCACUGCAGAAGCUCUUCCCCCACGCCGAACAGGGCCUCAAGAGGAAGAGGGAUGCAGGUGGGUCGGGUUCAGUUUUGUCACGGCCAUUGUUAUCUGAUCCCAGAUUUAUUUGUGCUAUCUUGCCGAAUUCUAUGGUCAAUGUCGUGCCAAUGCUGGCUAUACAGCACAAACAGAUGUGGGACCAAGCUAGGUCACUAUUAGAGUGGAUCAUUGGUUAAGUUCAGUUGAUGCAAUUACUUGAUCAAGUUUUUCCUUCGCUCAGAUCUGACAGCCAGCAUUCUGGAGGAUGACCUCAUGUACAGUGGGGAUGAGGGCCCCUCGUCCAAUAAUUCCAUCACCAAACAGACCACCACCAAAGGGAGCUUCCUCCAUUUUGCCAGGUAAGAUAUAGCCUACCUGUAAUAUGUAAAUACAUUUUGCCCUUAAAGAACCCCCCUAUUUUUGUUGUUUCCAUUCAUAAUCACAUCCCUGAUUCUCCAUUCACUUCACCUCUCCACUCGCCUCUGUUCCAGGAGUGCGAUCUGCCACCCCACCACCUACCGGCCCAGGCUGCUGCUGGCUGGGCGUCCCGGGGCGGGUCAGAGCUCCCACCUGGCCCCUGCCGUGCUCCACGCCCUGGAGAAGUUCACUGUCUACACCCUGGACAUGGCCGUGCUGUUUGGAGUCAGCUGCACCUCCCCCGAGGAGGCCUGUGCUCAGGUACUGGCUGGAACUAAUGUAGUCUUUAGAAGUGAAAUGUUAAAAUGCAUACCAACCUGCUCCUCUCAUUUGUGGUGCAGAGAAUUAUAGCCCCAGAGUUGACUUCAUUGUAUAAAGGCUAACUCCAUCAAGCACAUAAUUACUAAGUCAAAUGCAGCGAGAUGUCGGGGCAGUGCUGAUAGUUUGAAUCCCGACCCAAGUGCUAGGUUGGUGAGUGAUACACUCAUUGACCUCUCAGCCCCUCUCGCCCUACCUGCCCCAGGUGUUCUGCGAGGCCAAGCGGACCUCCCCCAGCAUCCUGUACAUCCCCCACAUCCAGCAGUGGUGGGACACGGUGGGCUCGGCCCUCAAGGCCACCUUCCUCAGCCUGCUGCAGGACAUCCCCUCCUUCUCCCCCAUCAUGCUGCUGGCCACCAGCAACGUGGCUCACCACGACCUGGCCGACGAGGUAGGUCUUACCUGGGGCUCCUCCACCAUACAUUACACUACAAGGACUGUAGAGAAGUGAUCCCUGGACCUUACUGGGCUACUCAAUCCAUGAGUAGAUUCGUAACCACAUUCUUUUAUUUACACUUCAGUAAAUACUAUUUGUAGAGGUGAAGACCCUAAAUGGUCACGGAGGUAACUAUUCUACAAUUUGUCUCUCAGAUCCAGACUCUGUUCCGGUUGGAGUACGGAGAGGUGCACGCUAUCCAAAUUCCCACCCAGCAGGAGAGAAGGAAGUUCUUUGAGAAUCUCAUCCUUAGCCAGGCUACCAAGGCACCCGCCUCCAAGAAGAAAGCCUGUAAGUACUAGAUAUUUAUGCCUUUUGAUGAUCACUUGGUAUAAUUGCUGUUUGUGUCCCAUCUCCAUUUGAACCCUCCUUCUUCUUUACCCCCUCUUCCUCCCCCUCCCCCUGCCUCAGUAAUGCAUGCCAUGGAGGUGCUCCCCCUUGCCCCCCCUCCUCCGCCCAGGCAGAUGAGUGAGAGGGAGCGUCUGCGUCUGGAGGAGCAGGAGGAGGACACACUCAGGGAGCUGAGGCUGUUCCUGCGCAACGUCACCGAGCGCCUCUCCCAGGACAAGCGCUUCAAGGCCUUCACUAAGCCUGUGGACAUCGAAGAGGUAGGGAGAAAACACAGAAAAAGAGAGAGGGACAAGGAAGGAAAUAUAUGUUUUUGUGGUGUUGUAGUCCAGGGUGCUAGUCAAGAUUACUCUAAUGUAAGCUGAAUGUUGAUUGACCCAAACUUAGUCAAUACUUAACUGGCAAGUCUGAAUACAAGUACAUACAUUCUAAGUGAGCUGUGGCCUCUUGGGGGGGCUGCACUGUCGUCACCUCAGAUUUCUGUAGCUUCUCUCCUUUACCGACGCUCUCAUCCAAAACAACCUAUCAGAGUGGUAUUGUGUCCCCCAUCUUAUCAAUGGUUUGUGUUCUUCUCUCACCAGGUUCCUGACUAUAUUAAGGUGAUCAGGCAUCCCAUGGACCUCUCCACUGUACUGUCCAAGGUCGACCUCCACAAGUACGUGACCGUCAGGGAGUUUGUCAACGACGUGGACCUGAUCUGGAAGAACGCCCUGGAGUACAACCCUGACAGCGACCCAUCUGGUAUACCUACAACCAUCUCCAUCUCAUUAAACUGAGUGCUGUUAUUAUUAUUAUACUAUAACUGAUGUGUAAUUCUAGCCUGGUUCCAAAUCUUUUUUAAUUAUUCAUUUUUAAAAUAUAAUAUUAUUCAUUUUAAAAUAUUUUGUACGUUUUACCCCUUUUUCGUGAUAUCCAAUUGGUAGUUAGUCUUGUCCCAUCGCUGCAACUCCCCUACGGACUCGGGAGAGGUGAAGGUCGAGAGCCAUGCGUCCUCCGAAACACGACCCCCGCCAAGCCGCACUGCUUCUUAACACACUGUUCGCUUAACCCGGAAGCCAGCCGUGCCAAUGUGUCGGAGGAAACACCAUACAGCUGGUGACCGAAGUCAGCGUGCAUGCGCCCGGCCCGCCACAAGGAGUCGCUAGAGCGCGAUGAGCCAAGGACAUCCCGGCCGGCCAAACCCUCCCCUAACCCGGACGACGCUGGGCCAAUUGUGCGCCGCCUCAUGGGUCUCCCGGUCGCGGCCGGCUGCGACACAGCCUGGGAUCGAACCCGGGUCUGUAGUGACGCCUCUAGCUCUGCGAUGCAGUGCCUUCGACCGCUGCGCCACUCGGGAGGCCGGUUCCAGAUCUGUUUGCGCUGUCUUGCCAACAACCAUAGGAGUUGGCAAGACAUCACAAACCGAUCUGGGACCAGGCUAAUCUUACUCCACUGAGUAUGCUACAUACUUUUUGUUAGGUAUCUCUCUGAAGAUAUUCUGGUCCGUUCUCGUUGUUCUGCUGCAGUUAGUGGGUCCCAUGGAUGACAAGGCCCCCUACUGUGUACCUCUGUCAUCAAUGUCUAUCUCUUUGUGUUUCCAGAUCGUCAGAUUCGUCACCGGGCUUGUGCCCUGAAGGACACGACCCACGCCAUCAUCAGCGACGAACUGGACGAGGACUUUAACAGGAUCUGCGAGAAGAUCAGAGAGUCACGCAACAAGAGAGGUAACUGCUGCUGCUGCUUAUAACGUUGACAUAUUGCUGUGAUUUAAACGCUAUAGUAGUGACCUAGCCUACAGGGUAAAACCUCUCAGUAACACUUUAUUUGGAUAGUCCAUCUGUAGAUGCUCUACAGACGAUCAGUAACAUUUCAACUAACUAUGUACUAACCCUAACCUUAACCCUUAACCUUACUCUAAAUCUAACCGUAUCUUAGCAAGCAGUUGCUUAUCAACAGAUAGUUUGUUGAUAGUAUGACCAUCUGUAGAGCAUCUACAGAUGGAAAUCCGGACUAUCCAAAUAAAGUGUGCGCAACCUGUCUCCAGAUGUGAGUUCAGCUAGCUAUUGUAUCAGUUUCAGUGUCUAGUGUCGGCUUCUUUAACUAUUUGUCCAAUGAUGAGAUGAACCCUCUCUUAUUUUCCUUAAAACAUCUUAGUUUAUUGACAAAGCUAACGACAUGUUUAUGUCUACUAACAGGGUGCACGUCAUCAAAGUUCGCCCCCUCCUACUACCAGACCUUGCCCAGAGAGGAAGGAGUUGCUGAGUCCAAGAGGCCAGGCGGUAACACUGGCAAAGACGCCAGCACCCCGUUCGCUGCCAACACCCCACGGCCCGCACGUAAGUCUCACCACUCUACUCCUUAACUGUUUAUUGGUAGCUUAUUUGUUACAGAGAAGAGGAACAUCCAGUGGAAAUGAUGGUAGACACUGGUCAACCACCAAGGGACAGCACUCAGGAUUUAGUUUUUUACUGCUUGAUUUGCAGUACAUAAGCAGUUAUUAUCAGUGUUUCAACGUUUAAGGGCAGAAGACUAAUACCUCCCAGAUGUGUUGCGAGUGAUAGAAAGAAAGUGGAAGUCCCUAGGAUCUGGACAGGAACAGAAGUAGGUGUAGCCAGAUUGAAAGGAGGAAGAGGAGGAAAAGGAAAAGGAAGGAGGAGGAUUCGUUGCAGUUGAGUGAACCAGUCAAAAGACAAGACCGAGUUAGAAAACCAUGAUGACCGGCAAGAGCAGAAAUUGAGAGCCAGGGAGGAGAGGAAGAUGAUAUUCAUGAAUACUGAGACAUCUGUCUUUCUGUCUGUCCCUUUCUCUAUCAUGUUAAAUUACCUUCUCUUCUCUAUUUAAUUUUCCUAGCUCGUACUCUAGCCCGUAAGAAGAAACCGCCCAAAACACGACGCAAAAGCAAAUGGAGCUCCGGCAUCAUAAAGAAAAAGAAAAAGAAACCUACGUCUUCCUUUUCUUCCAACAAGGAGAUCACAAACUCAGGGGAGGAAGAAGAGGAUGAAAGUGAUGGCAUAGAGGAGGGCGAAGAAAAACAAGCUAAGCCUUUGGAGACUAUUCUAGAGAAUGGCUGUGGAGACUCCCCUAUGGAGUGUACCUCAGAGAAGACCACUAAGCCUGCCGAUGAUGUGGAAGAGGCCUGUGUUACAGAGCAGCCCACCACCACUCCCAUCCCCAAUGGAGACUGGCAACAGCAAGCUCCAGACCCCACAGACGACUUACACCAGCCAGGCCUCACACAGGUCCAAUCUGGGAUCCAAGCCGGUCCGGUGGUGGCAGUCAAUGGAGACCACCACCAGCCUGCCAGCCCUCCAGUGGAACGUGACCCAAGUCCAGUCAACAACACCCCUACAAAGGAGGUAGAUCAGGGAGAGAAACACACCACAAAGACCAAAGAGCCUGAAAGGUUGGAGGAUGACUGGGACAUAGGUCUGUAUUAGGGUCCCGGACCCGGGCAGCAAGCAAGCUACUGCUUCUGGCCUCAGGGAACAGCUCAGUCAGUUUCACUGACCUUUGGCCUCUGGGGGCUCCAGCUGUUGGGGAGCUCUAACUCAUCACAACACAUCAGUUAAAGGGAUACAUCCAUCUCUCCACUUAUUUAAAUACUCUGUAAGAGUGAGUUCCUUUGGUUGUAAAUGUGUUCACCACCGCAUGAGGGCCAAUGAACGCAUGCAAAAAGGUUUACUUUGUUGUAGAAAAUCUAACUAUAUUAAUACUGCAAAUGCUUGUAAUUGUGUCUUCUUCUGUGACUUAGUUCUAGAAUAGGAAACCAUGCCCCCCUACUUAAUGCUUGAGAUCCAAUGUUACCAGGUAGAAACCUAAUUUGCAUGUUAGGAGAUGUGCAUGUCAACACCAAUAGGCCAUUGUGUUAGCAUUAGCAAUAGCCUGUUCAGCCAGCAAUGAUUAAAGGGACUUUUGCUUAUCAGCUCUCCCUCACACCAUCCUGAUUGCUUCCUGUGUUUCCCUCCAACAGAGAGGCGUCUGACCCGUGCCACCAGGACUCUGGUGCAGCAGCAGCAGUUGAUCGACGUGGACAAGGCCCUGGAGAUCCUGACCCAGAAAACCCCUCAGCUGGUCGUGGACCACGACAAACUCAAGGUAACCUCCUGACCAGUCUUUUAUAAAGUCAGACCAUGCUUCUUACAAUGUAGUUGUACCAGAACUACACACAGAAAGUUGCAGACCAGAAAUAUGGUCCAGAAAACAAUUAUGAUCACCAGAAAUAUGGUCAUGGCAAGUCACAGCCAAACACUUAUUCAUUCAUCCUAUAUUCAUAUAUUGAUUUGUGUAUAAUUUACUGUCCAGGAAUUGCUCAAAAGAGUUGUGUCCAAGACUGAGGGCUAUGAGGUGCAUCAGCUGGAGAAGCUGUAUGCUAUGUUGUGUCAGAGCAUCUACAGACACCGCAAGAACUUUGAUAAGACAGAGCUCUUACAGGUAUGUGGCUUAUAACUUAUCACUCUUUUACGUCACUUGUUGUAGGAAAUACAUUGAGUAUGGAAACCAAAAACAUUCCCUACAUUGAAAUAUGUGCAUAGUUAGUUAAUUGAUGUAUGUGCAUGUGAGUCACUUUAAUGACUUGAAAUGUUGAUAAGUGAUUUAUACUUUGACAUACAUUUUAUUUUCCUUUCACUCAUUUUAGGAAAUGAAGAGAGAAAUCGACAACUUUUCCUAA